UCGUAUAUAUAUAUAUAUAUAUAUAUAUAUAUAUAUAUAUAUAUAUAUGGUUGAUUCCUGCAAGGGAACGAAGGGGACCGGGGUUCGCCAUCUGUCGUUGGUACCCGAGCCGGUAGAGAGUGUUCGGCGAUAAUUGACGCGGGUGCCGCGGUGUGGCGCUAGUGCGACCGAUUUAGUGGCGUGUACGUACAUCGGUGAUCCUGAGAGAAGAAUAAUAAUCAAGAGGAGGGAAACGUACGAUACCUUCAGUCAACGCGGAGAAGAUAGAAACAAUUGUGAAAAAAAGACGAAAGAUAGGAGAACGAGAGGACGACAGGACGAUUCCACUGCAUCCUUUCUGCGGCGAAAGUAACGCGCUCUUUUUUUUUUUUUUUGAAGUUUUCGCGCUACAUCGCCGGUUCGGCUAACGGCAACAGACACAUCUCGUCAACGCGACGAUCAGUACUAGUUUCGGUCGCGAAGCCGGUGACUUCGGUCAGCGAUAAUCUCUGUGCGGACGCUCCCCUCGCGUCCCAAUCCACCCCUGUCGAGCCCCUUUUUUCAUCCCCUUUCCUCGGCGGAGAGGGGAUCGCGCGAGACGGGCGCAUUGACUCUCUCGUUCAUCCUCGAGACUCCGUCACGCGAUCCGUGUGCGGACAUCCUUGGCUCCACCUCCACCGCCGCCGUCGAGUGUCCCCCCCCCCCUCUUCCUCCCCACCAUCGGUUCCCCUCCACCGCGACCCGUUGCCCUUCCCUCGAACACGGCGCUGCCGAUCGCCGAGGGAGUAUUCCUCGCGGCGCGACCACGGCUGAUUCAGUGUGUGACUCGUCGUUGUUGCGACGGUUGGCGAGGACGAGAGCGUCGUAGCUAGUGUUGUUCCGGCGUCCGUUUCGAUCCUUCGGCAUCUUUUUCCUCUUUUUUUUUUUUUUAUUUUGAGAAGUAUGACCGCGACGGGUACUCGUCGUGUUCGUGACUCGUAAAGGAAAAAAGGGAGAAGAGGAAUCUCACGACGUUCACAUCGGUGAAGAACAAAAGAGAGAGAGAGAGAGAGAGAGAGAGAGAGAUAGCCAGAGAGAGAGAGAGAGAGACAGAAUCCUUCGCGAAUACUUUAUACAACUUAUGUACGGCGGAGUCUGUCGUCGUCCCACGGAUAUACUGGAAUAAAGUGUGUCAACGGCAAAGUGUGUAAAAAAAAGGAAAAAGUGAGAUAUCGCGUAAAGGAAUAAAAUAGCGGCGCGCGCGAGUGCAAAAGUGGUGAGACGGAGGGUUGCUUUUCCGCCGCGGGAUAAUAUACAUAACUUGGUUCGCGACGAAACCUUCCGCGACGACGGCUUCCCGCUUACGGGGAAGCGACGACGAUCGUCGAGAGUACCGGGCGCGAUAUACCGGCUAUGCAGCAGCGGCCCGGCGGCGCCGCGGCGAGCAGGUAACGCCGACGACGACGACGAGCAGCAGCCCGCUGCCGCUCAGGAUCCGCGUAAAACACCGUGGGAUAAGCGACGCGUCAACAUGUGGACCACGAUGCUCGUGUGGACGAUCGCCGUCGUUCUCCUGCCGACGCCCCGAGCGGUGAGCGCCUCGGGGAUGUUCGAGCUGAGGCUAAAGUCCUUUGUGAACGAGUACGGCAAGGACAGCCUGGGCAAGUGCUGUUCCGGCAGCGCGUCCAGGACGGGCGAAUGCUCGGGUGUAUGCAAGACGAGGUUCCGGGUCUGCCUGAAGCAGUACCAGGUGAAGAUCGACACGACGUCACCGUGCACGUACGGCGACGUCGUGACGCCCGUUCUCGGCGAGAACGUGGUCAACCUCAGUACGAGCGCCGCCCUGCCGAGCUUUACCAACCCCAUCAGGUUCCCGUUCGAGUUCACGUGGCCGGGUACUUUCUCGCUGAUAGUGGAGGCUUAUCACGACGCGGACAACAGCACGCAGUCAGCCGAGAAAGUGCUGAUCACGCGGCUGACCACCCAGAAAUGGCUGGACGUCGGGCCGGAGUGGACCGUCGACGAGCACAAGAGUGCUCACUCGCAGAUGGAGUACGAGUACAGGGUGACAUGCGUGGCACACUAUUACGGUAAGGGCUGCGAGAAUCUGUGCCGACCUAGGGACGACAACUUCGGCCACUACAGCUGCAGUCCGAGCGGUGAGCGUGUCUGCCUAUCCGGCUGGAAGGGCGACUAUUGCAACACCCCCCGCUGCCUGCCCGGAUGCGACGAACAGCACGGACACUGCAAUCGACCCAACGAAUGCAUAUGCCACAACGGCUGGAAGGGUCCGCUGUGUAAUCAGUGCGUCCGAUAUCCAGGCUGCCUUCACGGUAGUUGCCAAAAACCCUGGGAGUGCGCGUGCGACGAGGGCUGGGGCGGACUGUUCUGCAACCAGGAUCUCAACUAUUGCACGAAUCAUAAGCCGUGCAUGAACGGCGGCACCUGCUUCAACACCGGUCAGGGCCUGUACACCUGCUCGUGUCCGUCAGGUUUCACCGGCAGCGAGUGCCAGACACCGCUCUUCGAUUGUCACACGAAGCCCUGCCUGAACGGCGGUACCUGCUCGAUCCUAGAAUCAUCCUCAGGCUACGUCAACGGCACCGAGUCGUCAUCCAAACAAUAUCAUCGCGACUACCGUUGCACCUGUCCGCCCGGUUGGCGUGGCCGACACUGCGAGACGUCGACGAAAUCUUGCCGGGACUCGCCCUGUCAACACGGUGCCACCUGCGAGGACGACUCUGUACGCGGUUAUGCAUGCCGUUGUCCGCCUGGUUACGUCGGUGCCGACUGCGAGACGCAGAUCAACGAGUGCAAACCGAAUCCUUGCGUGAACAAUGGUACCUGCACGGAUUACAUCAACGGUUAUCGAUGUACCUGUUCGGCUGGCUUCACCGGCGAGCAUUGUGAGAUCAACGUGGACGAUUGUCAGGGCGAUCCGUGUCUGAACGGCGGCACCUGCGUGGACCAGGUGAACAGCUUCCGCUGCCAGUGCGUGCCGGGUUACGUCGGACGGCUCUGCCAGGAUAAGGUGGAUUACUGUCUGGCGAAGCCAUGCGCGAACGGUGGCAGAUGUAUCUCCGGGAUCAAUGAUUAUCGUUGCUCGUGCAAGCCAGGCUUCACCGGCAAGGAUUGCAGCGUGGACGUGGACGAAUGCCGAAGUGCACCGUGCCAAAACGGCGGCACGUGCCGGAACCGUGUCAACGGUUUCUUAUGCGAAUGCCCGAAUGAUUGGUACGGCGACACCUGUGGUGAUAAAGCGGGUGCUGCCAUAGCACCGGCCGUUUUACCAUCCGCAUCUACUAUCUUAAACGCCGGACUGGCGAAAACGCCGCCGGCUGAAUCGUCCUCGGAUCACUGGCCUGGCAAUCUAUCCAAGCACGUUGCCUCUAGAGAUGCCAGUUUGACUACGGAACACGUGGUGAUAAUCGCGACCGUCUCUACGGCGGUCCCAGCCUUUGCACUGCUCGCCGCAGUCGCGGUGAUGUGCAUGAAGAGACGGCAGAAUCGAGAAAAGGCAAAGGCUGAUGAGGAAGCGAGACUGCAGAACGAGAGAAACGCGGUGCACAGUAGUAUGAGCAAACGUAGCGCCAGUACCAUCGGCGUCGGUGGCGUCGGUGGCGGCGGUGCUAGUGGUCUCAGCAACGGUCUCGGCAGCGUCGGCGGUCUUCUUAGCAGCGCCAGUAGCGGCUUGAUCGGCACAGGCAGUGGUAGUGUCUGCGCCUUGGGCGCGGGUGAUGCACACAUGAUUAAAAACACCUGGACAGCGAGCAAGAGCGUGAACAACGUCGCGUCUACGGCGCGGCAGGACGAUCUAGAUUCGUCGUUUCAGACUGACGUGACGCUUGACAGCUCGUGUUCGGGCUACAAGCCGGAGCCGGUGCUGCAGGACGGUCGGACGACGAGGACAAUGAAGCAACUGAACACGGAAGCAGCCGCCCAUCGGGCGUCCGCUCACCUCUAUCAGAAGGAAAAGGAUUGUCUCGGCCUGGGCCUCGGCAUCGGGGUCCUAGAGAGCGCCAAGAGAUCAUCCGUGUUCGCUGCUGGCAAUGCAACGGACAAUUGUUGUAGCGCUGCGGAGGCUGCGCUUAUGAAGAGGCCGACAACGAUAUCGGAAGCCAUCGGCGGCAUCACCGUCGUCGCUGGUGGUAGUAGCGGUCCACCGGGAAGCGGUGGCGGUAGUGGUAGUAAUGGUGCCACGGACAAUAGCAGUUGCGGUGUGUAUGUGAUAGACGAUCAUUACAGGCAUGACGCCGCGCUGGCGGCGACGCUCGCGACAGAGGUGUAGUAGUGUUCUCCGGACUUCGGACAUAUAUAGUAGACUUCAUUUAGAGUGAUAGAGAGAAAGAGGGUGAAAGAAUGUGAGAGGGAUUUAGAGCCAGUGCGUGUGCGUGAAUUGAUGGACCAUCCUCUUCGAUUUCUCGUUCGAUUUUCUCGGGCGGCGCCGCCGCGACGCCUCCGUCUCGCGGAUGCCUAUGAACGUUUCUUUCUUUCUUUUUCUAUCUUUUCUUUUUAAAUUUUUGAUCAUAAUUCACCUUGGCAAGCGAAAAGUACGUCGCGCAUCCGUGAUCGGUGCCGCCAACAACGAGUGUGUUUCGUCCCGUUGUUUCACCGGAAUAAAAAACGACAUAGACUGGCGACAAAGACAUUCAAUCGAGAGACGAUGGAGAGAAGAAGAAUUAAUGCGAUGCUGUGGGGAUCGGUCGGUUUCCUCGAUAGCCGCCGACCCGAUUUCUUAGGUAUUAAUAUUAUAUCAUGCUCGAACGCGAAACUCUGUACAGAACUAAUUUAUUAUUAUUGUUAUUUACUUAUGUUGUAUUAUCACGAUUGCUAUUAUUAUUAAUAUUAUUACAACUCGUAUCGCAUUAUCAUUGUUCCCGGUAUUAGUUUUUCUUUUUUUUUUUUUCUUGAAAUUUGCGUGACCGAGCUCUCGGUCUGCCGAUCAGAGCGAGAGUGCGAUAGCGAGCCAUUAUGUGUGCGUGUGAGAGAGUGAGGUGAAAAAGAAGUAAGAGAGAGAGAGAGAGAGAGAGAGAGAGAGUGCAUGGUAUGUAUACGUAGUUGCGAACGAGAGAGUUCAAUCGACGGUUAGUUGCAUUCCUUUUUCUCGUUGCACGGCGCGAAAUAAAUUUUCGGAGUUUAGGAUAAUGACAACCAAUUCGAGUUCGAUGGAAAAUUAGUGAGAAGAAAAAUGUUUGCUCGACUUUUUGGGUUUCUCUGUUUCGACGACAACCCCAAUUGGUCGAGUGGCACCGAGCAUAAGUCCUUCGAAUAUCUGUUUUCCACAAUUUUCUUCAACUUGAACGAAAAAGGACGAAAGAUGAUCCUUUAAUCCGGAAAUGUCAUUUCAAUCGCGCCGAUCGACGAGUAAUUUCCUAAUUCUUAAUGAAUGCGAGGAAUUUUAUAGCAAAGAGAAAAAAAUACAAAAAUAAUAUCAAAAAUUCUACAGAAAAGAAAAUCCGCAUGUCCUUUGGUAUAUUUUCAUCGAAUUAUAUAGAACUCUGUUACACAUAGGAUGAAGAAGACUUGUCCGCCGAUUUGAAAAUUACCGAAAUAAUCGUGCGCGGCUUUUCCUCGGGUGUCGAGAAACGUAAUCUAUUUCUUACAAAAUAUCCUCCGAUCAUUCUCUAUACAAAUACGACGACAUUUAAUGAAAGAUUCGCGCUACGUACGGCUGAACAGACAAAUGAAUAGACAUGUGUAUAAAUUAUGCAAAUAUAAAUAUAUAUAAAUAAAAAAUAAAUAUAUAUAUAUACGUAAAAAAUGAACAGUGAGAAAUAGAGACCCGAUGUCGUCGACAACGGCGUUUCGACGACGAUGCGAUUCGUUCCGAAGCGAUUCGGCGCCGAAAUCAGCGAGGGGUGUUUCGAGGGGAGAAACUGAUCAUCGUCAUGCGAAGGAACAUCGAAUCGACCGAUCUUUUUCCACCCAUGUCUAAUCAUAGUGCGACCUAUUUUUUCCCGGACAACGCAAACACAUUGUAGAGACGUCUUAAGAAUCUGAAAAAAAAUUAAGAUUUCUUUAGAAAGAAGACUAAUUUUACAGAUGCCUUUUAGAUUUCAUCUUUAAGACUCUACCGUUGUCCCUUUCCGGAUGUAGUUCUGGAAAGUAUGAAGGAAUCGGUCGAAUUAAGAUCAAAGUUUAAGUUUCGCGAAUUCGUCCGUCUUCCAUUCGCGAUCAUUCGCGCCGGAUGGACGAAUUCGCGAAAAAUCAACCUGCAUCGGUUCCCGCGAAGAAGAAAAAAGGGGAAAAAAAAUUGUCCUCCCUUUUCUCUCCGGGAAUAGCACGAUUCGGCUUUCGUGAAAACUCCCCAUCAUUUUCACGCUGUCCGCGCUUAUUUCGGCUCGCUGACUUCGCGCGCGAAUAUGCGAUAGAUAAGUGACGAGUGUAUUGCGUGUUGUUGGUCACACGGUUAAUAAUUAUUUAUUUAUGACUGCUGAUUGCGAUUGCGACGAUUUUACAUGGCGUAAAAAAAAAUUAAUAAGCGGCGAUUAGCGCGCCGACGAUAAUAGUGAUGACGAUAUUAACGCGUUAGAAGCGCGUGUGCGUGAUGUGUACGAUAAGAAAGAGAGAGAGAGAGAGAGAGUUGUAGCGAACAAAGAUUCGAUGAUGUUCCUGUUACGAGAUAAUGAUAAUUAAAUAAAUGAAAUGCAAGUAUCAACUAAGUCAGGCUUAUUUUCCGGGUCUUGUUCGCGCGUGGAGGCGCAAAAAAAAAAAGGACGUAUAAAUCAUCCAUCCGGCUUUCACCUCACAACCUUUCCCUCCUCCCGUCGAUUUUCCUUAACUGCCGUCGCGCGCGUACGAGAUUCCGGAUGAAUGAGAAGCGCAUGCGUAUAAAUGCGAAAUUAUGUUGUACGAAUUACGAUUUGUGUAAAAGAGAGCUGUAAUUUCUUUUUGUACUUAGACUUCUUCGGACGAUUCGAUAUGUCUCGCUCUAUCGUUGAACGGUCUCCAUUAUUCCCCUUUGCGAUAUUUUUCCAUCUAUUGCUUCCUUGAUCUUUUCUCCCAUCCUCUCUACUGAUCUUCAACAUCGAGCACGUUUCAUUAAUUUUCCGAAUUCAUAAUACUUUUUAUUUGUAUCAACGAUAUAUCCAACGGUACUUCUGCGAAAAGGAAAAAUAAUCCAUCUCUUUCUCUAUCCUUCUCUUCCCUUCUCCCCCCUUUUCCUCCCUUCCUGUACUCCAUUGAAUAGUGGCCUUUCGUUCGCGACGAGACAUAUCGACGAAGAUUGCGAAGACUUUUCCCCCAGGCGCGUACUUCUAUCCCCCUCCCGCCCCAUUUUUGUAUAAAACAAGAAGAUAACACAGCGUAUACAUACACAGACACACACGCAGCACAUCUGUAUAUUUGUAGUAGGAAUAUACAAUUGCGAUUAUUAUUAAUAUUAUUAAUAUUAUUAUUAUGUGAAACGUGUAAAUAUAGAUGAAUUGUCAAUAUAACGAUGUCACGCAAACGACAGUGGACGAUUAAUAAUGAUACAUUA